AUAUAUACAUAUAUCACACACACACGUUUGUAUAUAUAAUAUUGUGUGUAGAUUGCUGAGGAAUUAUUUUAAUUUAAUACAUUUUAGAAUAAGGGCAAGAGGUCUGAGUCAAGAGGUCUGAGUACUUUCCGAAGGUACUGUAUAUGCGAUGCAGUGUAAUCGAUUUGGAUGGUCAAACGCUGGCAUUGCUACAUAGGGGGACUGAGUUUUGCGUCGACCCCCUCGCUGGGUUCCUUCGCAUACAGACUUGUCAGUGUGUGUUCGUUGAUGUGGUUGUUUUUUUCCAUGCAUCAUGGAGAUGUUGAUUUCAUCAUGAUUAUAUGGUAGAAGCAUCACUCUUGUGAACAUGUCACACGUGAGCAUGCACGUGUACCUUGCAAAAGUAUUCUGAGCACUUUGGAUUUCUUCACAUUUUAUUGUUGCAAAGUGGGAUUAAAAUAGAUUUUUGUCAACAAUCUACACAAAAAAUACUCUGUCAAAGUGGAAGAAUAUACAGUACCAGUCAAAAGUUUGGACACCUUCUCAUUCAAGGGUUUCCUUAAUUUUUACUAUUUUCUACAUUGUAGAAUAAUAGUGAAGACAUCAACUAUGAAAUAACGCAUAUGUAGUAACCAAAAGUGUGAAACAAACCAAAUAUAUUUUAGAUUUGAGAUUCUAUAAAGUAACCACCCUUCUCCUUGAUGACAGCUUUGCACACUCUUGGCAUUCUCUCAACCAGCUUCAUGAGGUAGUCACCUGGAGUGCAUUUCAAUUAACAGGUGUGCCUUGCUGGAAUUUCUUUCCUUAAUGCUUUUGAGCCAACCAGUUGUGAUGUGUGGUAUACAGAAGAUGGCCCUAUUUGGUAAAAGACCAUGUCCAUAUUAGAGGUUGACCGAUUAUGAUUUUUCAAUACCGAUACCGAUUAUUGGAGGACAAAAAAAGCUGAUACCGAUUAAUCGGCCGUUUUUUUAUUAUUUAUUUAUUAUUAUUUUUAAAUAUACACUGCUCAAAAAAAUAAAGGGAACACUUAAACAACACAAUGUAACUCCAAGUCAAUCACACUUCUGUGAAAUCAAACUGUCCACUUAGGAAGCAACACUGAUUGACAAUACAUUUCACAUGAUGUUGUGCAAAUGGAAUAGACAACAGGUGGAAAUUAUAGGCAAUUAGCAAGACACCCCCAAUAAAGGAGUGGUUAUCCAGGUGGUGACCACAGACCACUUCUCAGUUCCUAUGCUUCCUGGCUGAUGUUUUGGUCACUUUUGAAUGCUGGCGGUGCUUUCACUCUAGUGGUAGCAUGAGACGGAGUCUACAACCCACACAAGUGGCUCAGGUAGUGCAGCUCAUCCAGGAUGGCACAUCAAUGCGAGCUGUGGCAAGAAGGUGUGCUGUGUCUGUCAGCGUAGGGUCCAGAGCAUGGAGGCGCUACCAGGAGACAGGCCAGUACAUCAGGAGACGUGGAGGAGGCCGUAGGAGGGCAACAACCCAGCAGCAGGACCGCUACCUCCGCCUUUGUGCAAGGAGGAGCACUGCCAGAGCCCAGCAAAAUGACCUCCAGCAGGCCAAAAAUGUGCAUGUGUACUGUGCCACUGGGUACUGGACUUCCUGACGGGCCGCCCCCAGGUGGUGAGAGUAGGUAACAUUUCCACCCCGCUGGGGCUCCACAUGUGUGCGUUCUGAGCCCUCUCCUGUACUCCCUGUUCACCCACGACUACGUGGCCAUGCACGCCUCCAACUCAAUCAUCAAGUUUGCGGACGACACUACAGUGCUAGGCUUGAUUACCAACAACGAUGAGACAUCCUACAGGGAGGAGGUGAGGGCCCUCGGAAUGUGGUAUCAGGAAAAUAGCCUCACACUCAACGUCAACAAAACAAAGGAGAUGAUCGUGGACUUCAGGAAAAAGCAGAGGGAGCACCCCCCUAUCCACAUCCACGGGACAGUAGUGGAGAGGGUAGUAAGUUUUAAGUUCCUCGGCGUACACAUCACGGACAAGCUGAAUUGGUCCACCCACACAGACAGCGUUGUGAAGAAGGCGCAGAAGCGCCUCUUCAACCUCAGGAGGCUGAAGAAAUUCGGCUUGUCACCAAAAGCACUCACAAACUUUUACAGAUGCACAAUCGAGAGCAUCCUGACUGCCUGGUACGGCAACUGCUCCGCCCACAACCGUAAGGCUCUCCAGAGGGUAGUGAGGUCUGCACAACGCAUCACCGGGGGCAAACUACCUGCCCUCCAGGACACCUACACCACCCGAUAUCACAGGAAGGCCAUAAAGAUCAUCAAGGACAACAACUACCCGAGCCACUGCCUGUUCACCCCGCUAUCAUCCAGAAGGCGAGGUCAGUACAGGUGCAUCAAAGCAGGGACCGAGAGACUGAAAAACAGCUUCUAUCUCAAGGCCAUCAGACUGUUAAACAGCCACCACUAACAUUGAGUGGCUGCUGCCAACAUAGUGACUCAACUCCAGCCACUUUAAUAAUGGGAAUUGAUGUAAAAAAUGUACCACUAGCCACUUUAAACAAUGCCACUUCAUUAAAUGUUUACACACCCUACAUUACCCAUCUCAUAUGUAUAUACUGUACUCUAUACAAUCUACUGCAUCUUUCCAUCUUUAUAUAAUACAUGUAUCACUAGCCACUUUAAACUAUGCCACUUUUAUAUUUACAUACCCUACAUUACUCAUUUCAUAUGUAUAUACUGUACUUGAUACCAUCUACUGCAUCUUGCCUAUGCCGUUCUGUACCAUCACUCAUUCAUAUAUCUUUAUGUACAUAUUCUUUAUCCCUUUACACUUGUGUGUAUAAGGUAGUAGUUGUGGAAUUGUUAGGUUAGAUUACUCGUUGGUUACUACUGCAUUGUCGGAAAUAGAAGCACAAACAUUUCGCUACACUCGCAUUAACAUCUGCUAACCGUGUGUUUGUGUGACAAACAAAAUUUGAUUUGAUUAUGUAUAUAUAUAUAUUCUUUUGUUUGUUGAUACUGUAAAUUAAAAGGUAUAACUAAAACCCCUUUUAGGUUCUAAAUUCGUUCAGGAGUAAAAUUUUGUUUAACAAAUCAUGUAAUGAGGUACAUGAUUUUUUUAUACAAUCAAUCAGACAUUGAAUAUCUCUUUAAGCAUGGUCAAGUUAAUAAUUAUGCUGUGGAUUAUGUAUUCAAUCACCCACACACAUCAAACAUAGCUGUUCUUCUGAGCUGCAGGACAGGACGGAAAUUGCUCAGGGAUGUUACGACGAGGCCAUUGGUGAUUUUAAAACGGCGAGAGUUCAAUGUCUGUGAUGGUAGAAAACUGAGGUUGGAUCAACAUUGUAGUGACUCCACAAAAAUGACCUAAAUGACAGAGUGAAAAGAAGAGAACAAUUUUAUAAAAUAUUCGAAAACAUGCAUCUUGUAUGCAACAAGGCACUAACGUAAUACUGCAACAACACAACAGACACAGCCAUUUUGGCUUAAAUGCAAUGUUUGGGGCAAAUCCAACACAUCAUUGAGUAACUGUCUCCUGAUUUUCAAGCAUAGUGGUGGCUGCAUCAUGGUAUGGGUGUGCUUGACAUUAGCCAAACUGGGGCUAGUUUUUCAGGAUAAAAAUAAAUAGGAUGCAGCUAAGCACAGGCAAAAUCCUAGAGGAAAACCUGCUUCAGUCUGCUUUACACCAGAGACUGGUAGAGGAAUUCACUUUUCAGCAGGACAAUAACCUACAACACAGGGACAAAUCUACACUGGAGUUGCUAACCAAGAAGACAGUGAAUGUUUCUGAGUGGCGAAGUUAGUUAUAUCUGAUUGAAUAUCUAUGGCAAGACUUGAAUUGCUGACUAGCCCUUAUCCCCAACAUCUUGACAGAGCUUGAACAGUUUUAAAAGAAUAAUGGGCAAAUAUUGCACGAUCCAGGUGUGCAAACUAGGGUUGGGCGAUAUAUCAAAUUAAGUUGAUUAAUUUGUUUUUGCGCCAUAUUCCAAAUGCGACAAGUUUAGGUUAAAAAUAAGUGCAGAGAAACGCAUUGGGCUUAUUUUGGCGAGAGUGAAACCUCUCGUUUCGCCUCUUUCUCCCAUGCCCCUCCCACUCACAACCUUAAAGAUGAGACAUCACUUCUUCCCCUCUGACAUCCGGUUUCAACACACUAUUUGAGGUUUGGCCCAACUGAAUGGGUCAUGUGGACAACGUAACACAUGGGGACCAUUAUUUUACUGUAAUAGAGAAGGUAACCUUUGAACCAUACCCCCGUAUAUGUUUAAACUCUUCAAAUGUUGAGCAGACCAGACACUACUAAAAUGACUGCACCAAUGAACUUUCAUUCUGGAAAAGUAAUACUCAGUUUGUCGCGUGAGCUUUACUGUCCACGUGUCGCUAGAAGCAUUUUUGUCAAAUAAAGAUUGUUAUACUAGCUGUUUAUUCUGUGUUUUUAUAAACAUGCAAUUUGCAUAAAACCUUUAAGGAAUUUACGACACAUUUUCAUUCUGAGAAAUAAGGCAGGUCACUUGAUUUCAACAUCUGAACUAAGUUGACAGGCUUGCAUGCUGUUCAAACAGUUGGAGGCGGACAGAACAAUUCAAGUGUUUUGCCUUGUUAGCUGAAUUCGGAGCUUGUGAAAUUUGACCUAGAUCCAAGUUGGCUAAACUUGAAAUAAAAGUAUUAGCUGGCUACUCACUAGCACUUGGGCAUGUGACAUUGUUCAUGAGACCAAUGUUCAUUUUCUAUAGUGCCAGCUACAUUAUUAGUGAAUGUGCAUGGUUCUGGUUAAAUUGAACAAAAAGGCAAUUUUUAUAGAUUGACCUGAAAGCCAGAUCAGUGAUUAUUGCAAAAAAAUCAGGUACAACUAUUUUGAUAAAAUAAUUCACUUGUUAGUGGGUCUUAUGGUUGUGGAAGGCGUAUAUUCAGCCAAGGUAUAAUUUCACAAGCUUUGAAUUCAUUAGCUUAUUGCUGACUGUUUUUUAAAUACAGUGUAUUUGACCUUUUAAUUGUACAACAAAGCUUAUUUAGAGAGAACAUUUAAAAAAUGUAAAUAUAUCGUGGAUCGCCCAUAAGUUUGAAAAAAUGUUUUUAUUGAUUCGGGGAGCUGAAUACUUAUGCAAUGACUAUUUUAGUUAACUUCUAUUAAACUUAAAAUAAUGUUAAUUCCUCUUCCACUUUGACAGAGUAUUUUGUGUAGAUUUGUUGACAAAGUUAUUAAAUCAAUAUGAAUCCCACUUUGUAACACAAUAAAAGGUGAUGAAAUCAGAGGUCUGAAUACUUUUGCAAGGCACUACCUACCUCUUGAUGAUGGAAUGUGAUUUGUAAAUGGUAAAUAAAUAGUAAGCAUAUAUGUUAGGUUUAAAGAUUGAAUACUUCUCCCAGACUCCCACCAGAGAAGCUGCUGGACCUAAAUAAGUGAAAUAAUUACUCAAAUAUUCUUCAGGGUCAUAUUUAUUAGGCACCAAACAGAAGAAAACUGACUUAAACAGUGAGGGAUUAUUUGAACUAGUCCAAUAAGAAGUGCAAUUGUUUGCCUUGCAAAACCUUUUGCCACGGUGUACUCUAAUGAAUAUUACCCAGGACUUUGUCGCUCACUGGCUGGAAACAGAUUAACCCCUGUGUCCAAGUUUCUCCAUCAAACAAAAUGAGCGUUCUCCCCUAUUAUGCAUUGUUUGAGGCAUGGAGAGCGAGGGAACGAGAGGGAGGAAGAGAGCUAGAGUACCGUGACCCAAAUAAAUAAGCGCAUGCUAAUGAACCCAGGCACUAGAAUUCAAUUUGGGUCAAUUAAUGUGGUGACCAAUGAUUAGUCACUUGAUGGAGGGGUAGAGGAGAGAAAUCCAUGAAGGAAAAGCGAGGAUUUCACUGGCAGGCCCUACCAGCUUCUCCAGCCCUGGCCUAUGUUUGUUCUGUUUAUGUUUUCUCUGUUCUCUUUGUCGCUGUUGUCUCAAUUCAAUUUCAAUUCAAUGUAUGUCUUUCUGAUCUCUCUCUGUCGCUCUUCUCUCUGUCGCGCUUCGUCAUCUCUCCCUGUCAAGUUCUCUUCUCUCUGUCGCGCUUCGUCAUCUCUCCCUGUCAAGUUCUCUUCUCUCUGUCGCGCUUCGUCCUCUCUCCCUGUCAAGUUCUCUUCUCUCUGUCGCGCUUCGUCCUCUCUCCCUGUCAAGUUCUCUUCUCUCUGUCGCGCUUCGUCCUCUCUCCCUGUCAAGUUCUCUUCUCUCUGUCGCGCUUCGUCCUCUCUCCCUGUCAAGUUCUCUUCUCUCUGUCGCGCUUCGUCCUCUCUCCCUGUCAAGUUCUCUUCUCUCUGUUGCGCUUCGUCCUCUCUCCCUGUCAAGUUCUCUUCUCUCUGUCGCGCUUCGUCCUCUCUCCCUGUCAAGUUCUCUUCUCUCUGUCGCGCUUCGUCCUCUCUCCCUGUCAAGUUCUCUUCUCUCUGUCGCGCUUCGUCCUCUCUCCCUGUCAAGUUCUCUUCUCUCUGUCGCGCUUCGUCCUCUCUCCCUGUCAAGUUCUCUUCUCUCUGUCGCGCUUCGUCCUGUCUCCUUGUCAAGUUCUCUUCUCUCUGUCGCGCUUCACUCUUUCUCCCUGUCAAGUUCUCUUCUCUCUGUCACCUCUCCGCUCACUCAUGCUGUCGCUAUUUCCCUUGCUAGUUUUUGCUCUUUUCCCAUGUUUUUCUUUCUUUCCAUGUUUAUUUCUCGCUCUCUGUUCUCCUUCUCUGUUACUGCCCCCUCUGUCUCGAAAUUCAGUGGGCUUUAUUGGCAUGGCAAACAUAUGUUUACAUUGCCAAAGCAAGUGAAAUUGACAAGAAACAAAAGUGAAAUAAACAAUCAAAUUACACUCACAAAAGUUUAAAAAAUAUAGACAUUUCAAAUAAAAUCACAUUUAUUUAUAUAGCUCUUCUAAGAUCAGCUGAUAUCUCAAAGUGCUGUACAGAAAGCCAGCCUAAAACCCCAAACAGCAAGCAAUGCAGGUGUGGAAGCAAGGUGGCUAGGAAAAGCUCCCUAGAAAGGCCAAAACCUAGGAAGAAACCUAGAGAGGAACCAGGCUAUGAUGUCCUCUUCUGGAUGUGCCGGGUGGAGAUUAUAACAGAACAUGGCCAAGAUGUUCAAAUGUUCAUAAAUGACCAGCAUGGUCAAAUAAUAAUAAUAACAGUAGUUGUCGAGGGUGCAACAUGUCAGCACCUCACAUCAUUGAGAGUAUCUCUACCUCUACUGCUGUCUCUAGAGAUUUGAAAACAGAAGGUCUGGGACAGUUAGCACGUCCGGUGAACAGGUCAGGGUUCCAUAGCCGCAGGCAGAACAGUUGAAACUGGAGCAGCAGCACGGCCAGGUGGACUGCGGACAGCAAGGAGUCGUCAUGCCAGGUAGUUCUGAGGCAUGGUCCUAGGGCCCAGGUCCUCCGAGAAAAAGAAAGAAAGAGAGAAUUAGAGAGAGCACACUUAAAUUCACACAGGACACCAGAUAAGACAGGAGAAAUACUCCAGAUAUAACAGACUGACCCUAGCCCCCCGACACAAACUACUGCAGCAUAAAUACUGGAGGCUGAGACAGGAGGGGUCAGGAGACACUGUGGCCCCAUCCGAUGAUACCCCGGACAGGGCCAAACAGGCAGGAUAUAACCCCACCCACUUUGCCGAAGCACAGCCCCCACACCACUAGAGAGAUAUCUUCAACCACCAACUUACCAUCCUGAGACAAGGCCAAGUACAGCCCACAAAGAUCUCCGCCACGGCACAACCCAAGGGGGGUGCCAACCCAGACAGGAAGAUCACGUCAGUGACUCAACCCACUCAAGUGACGCACCCCUCUUAGGGACGGCAUGGAAAAGCACCAGUAAGCCAGUGACUCAGCCCCUGUAAUAGGGUUAGAGGCAGAGAAUCCCAGUGGAGAGAGGGGAACCGGCCAGGCAGAAACAGCAAGGGCGGUUCGUUGCUCCAGUGCCUUUCCGUUCACCUUCAUACUCCUGGGCCAGACUACACUCAAUCAUAGGACCUACUGAAGAGAUGAGUCUUCUAUAAAAACUUUAAGGUUGAGACCGAGUCUGCGUCUCUCACAUGGGUAGGCAGACCAUUCCAUAAAAAUGGAGCUCUAUAGGAAAAAGCCCUAUAGUUAGAAUAUAUGGGCACUUUGAAUACAGUGUUGUUUGAGAUGACAAUUAAUUAAAAUGCCAGGGAGGAGUUAUUGUGACAGCGUAGGAACUAAAGUGUUUCCUAUGGGAGCCUAUUAGCUUUGGCUACAUAGCAUGUUUUCUCUUGGCAACUUCAUGUAGCUAACAUAUUCUUGCUUUGCAUAUUCGUCUUUGAUUUAGAAGAUACUGUUGCACAAAUAACAUGCUGAUUUAGGUCUAUACCAUCAGUGGUGUUAUCCAGCUGUAUUGGCUAGCUACGUUUGCUCUUACUCAGUACAUUUAUUAGCUAGCUAGCUAUUAGCGCCUAACAAUUAGCAUCUCACAAGAUUUAGGCAAACUGGCAAAAAAAAAGACAAACGACCUGUUUCCUGAUGUAAGAAACAAACUAAUAGUGUCAUUAUAGAAGGCUAGUGGAUUUGUAUUAAGAAGCCGAAAUGAAAACAGCAUUGUUGUCAUCAACAAUGUUGCAUGUGCUGCAUUGACCAGGCAGACUGAACGUAAGUGUUACGUGGAUGAGGAACAUCAAAUGCGCUUCUUGAGUGACGGGGGUGUGGCUAAGGUCUGUGUGGAAAGUGGCACGGAGAGAAAGAGAGAGAUGACUCAGGUAAUUAACAUUACACAUGGCGUAUCACAUUUAACAAACCAAACAUUCAAAUACCGUUAUAGUAGGUAAAAUAAAAACCCAAACCGGUCCCUGCAUCAAUAUCGGUAUAUCAUGAAAUACGGUAUACCGCCCAGCCCUAAUUUACAAUGGUGUUUGACCACCACUAGUUGCCCUUUUCUUAUGGCAGCGGUCACAAAUCUGUCUGCGGUGGUGGAACACUGUGUUAUUUCACCUAAUAUAUAGAUACAGUGCCUUGCAAAGGUAUUCGAGCCCCCUUGGCGUUUUUCCUGUUUUGUUGCAUUACAACCUGUCAUUUAAAUUGAUUUUUAUUUGGAUUUCAUGUAAUAUACACAAAAUAUACCAAAUUGGUUAAGUGAAAUGAAAAAAAUUACUUAUUUCGAAAAAAUUCAAAAAUAUGUUAUGCGUGCAUACAGUUGAAGUCAGAAGUUUACAUACACCUCAGCCAAACACAUUUAAACUCAGUUUUUCACAAUUCCUGACAUUUAAUCCAAGUUAAUAGUCCCUCUCUCGUCAGUUAGGAUCACCUCUUUACUUUAAGAAUGUGAAAUGUCAGAAUAAUAGUAGAGAGAAUGAUUUAUUUCAGCUUUUAUUUCUUUCAUCACGUUCCCAUUGGGUUAGAAGUUUACUACAUACACUAAAUUAGUAUUUGGUAGCAUUGCCUUUAAAUUGUUUAACAAAGGUCAAAUGUUUCGGGUAGCCUUCCAAAAGCUUCCCACAAUAAGUUGGGUGAAUUUUGGCCCAUUCCUCCUGACAGAGCUGGUGUAACUGAGUCAGAUUUGUAGGCCUCCUUGAUCGCACACGCUUUUUCAGUUCUGCCCACAAAUCUUCUGUAGGAAAGGUCAGGGCUUUGUGAUGGCCACUCCAAUACCUUGACUUUGUUGUCCUUAAGCCAUUUUGCCACAACUUUGGAAGUAUGCUUGGGGUCAUUGUCCAUUUGGAAGACCCAUUUGCGACCAAGCUUUAACUUCCUGACUGAUGUCUUGAGAUGUUGCAAUAUAUUCACAUAAUUUUCCUACCUCAUGAUGCCAUCUAUUUUGUGAAGUGCACCAGUCUCUCCUGCAGCAAAGCACCCCCACAACAUGAUGCUCCACCCCCGUACUUCACGUUUGGGAUGGUGUUCUUCGGCUUGCAAGCCUCCCCCUUUUAUCUCCAAACAUAACAAUGGUCAUUAUGGCCAAACAGUUCUAUUUUUGUUUUAUCAGACCAGAGGACAUUUCUCCAAAAGUACGAUCUUUGUCCUUAUGUGCAGUUGCAAACCGUAGUCUGGCUUUUUUAUGGCGGUUUUGGAGCAGUGGCUUCUUCCUUGCUGAGCGGCCUUUCAGGUUAUGUCGAUAUAGGGCUCGUUUUACUGUGGAUAUAGAUACUUUUGUACCUGUUUCGUGUUGUUCUGGGAUUGAUUUGCACUUUUUGCACAAAAGAACGUGUCUCCUUCCUGAGCGGUAUGGCGGCUGUGUGGUCCCAUGGUGUUUUUGCUUGCGUACUAUUUGUACAGAUGAACGUGAUAUCUUCUGGCAUUUGGAAAUUGUUCCCAAGGAUGAACCAGACUUGUGGAGGUCUCCAAUUUUUUUUUCUGAGGUCUUGGCUGAUUUCUUUUGAUUUUCCCAUGAUGUCAAGCAAAGAGGCACUAAGUUUGAAGGCAGGCCUUGGAAUACAUCCACAGGUACACCUCCAAUUGACUCAAAUGAUGUAAAUUAGCCUAUCAGAAGUUUCUAAAGCCAUGACAUCAUUUUCUGGAAUUUUCCAAGCUGUUUAAAGGCACAGUCAACUUAGUGUAUGUAAACUUCUGACCCACUGGAAUUGUGAUACAGUGAAAUAAUCUGUCUGUGAACAAUUGUUGGAAAAAGGACUUGUCAUGCACAAAGUAGAUGUCCUAACCGACUUGCCAAAACUAUCGUUUGUUAACAAGUUAUUUGUGGAGUGGUUUAAAAACAAGUUUUAUUGACUCCAACCUAAGUGUAAACUUCCGACUUCAACUGUAUAGUGUAUGUGGACACCCUUUUAAAUAGUGGAUUCUGCUAUUUCAGCCACACCCGUUGCUGAUAGGUUUAUAUAAUCGAGCACACAGCCAUGCAAUCUCCAUAGACCGACAUUGGCAGUAGAGUGGCCUUACUGAAGAACUCUCUGACUUUCAACAUGGCACUCACUGUCAUAGAAUGCCACCUUUCCAACAAGUCAGUUUGUCUCAUUUCAGCCCUGUUAGAGCUGGUCUGGUCAACUCUAAGUGCUGUUAUUGUGAAGUGGAAACAUCUAGGAGCAACAACUGCUCAGAUUGGUAUGCCUUACAAGCUCACAGAACUGGACCGCCGAGUGUUAAAGUGAGUAGUUUGUAAAGAUCCUCUCUCCUCGUUUGAAACACUCAGUACUGAGUUCCAAACUGCAUCUGGAAGCAACGUCAGCACAAGACCUGUUUGUUGGGAGCUUCAAGAAGUGGGUUUCCAUGGCCGAGCAGCCGCGCACAAGCCUAAGAUCACCACGCGCAAUGCCAAGCGUUGGCUGGGGUAGUGUAAAGCUCGCCACCAUUGGACUCUGAAACAGUGGAAACGCAUUCUCUGGAUUGAUGAAUCAUGCUUCACCAUCUGGCAGUCUAAUGGACGAAUCUGGAUUUGGUGGAUGCCAGGAGAACGCUACCUGCCCGAAUGCAUAGUGCCAACUGUAAACUUUGGUGGAGGAAUAAUGAUCUGAGACGUUUUUCAUGUUUCAGGCUAGGCCCCUUAGUUCCAGUGAAGGGAAAAUCUUAACGCUAUAGUAUACAAUGACAUUCUAGACGAUUCUGUGCUUCCAACUUUGUGGCAACAGUUUAGGAGAGGCCCUUUCCUGUUUCAUCAUGACAAUGCCCCCAUACAGAAAUGGUUUGUCGAUCAGUGUGGAAGAACUUGACUGGCCUGCGCAGAGCCCUGUCCUCAACCCUAUUGAACACCUUUCAGAUGAAUUGGAACGGCGACUGCAAGCCAAGACUAAUCGCCCAACAUCAGUGCCUGACCUCACUAAGGCUCUUGUGGCUGAAUGGAAGCAAGUCACCGCAGCAAUGUUCCAACAUCUAGUGGAAAGCAUUCCCAGAAGAGUGGAGGCUGUUAUUUCAGCAAAGUGGGAACCAACUCCAAAUGAAUGCCCAUGAUUUUGUAAUGAGAUGUUUGACGAGCAGGUUUCCACAUACUUUUGGUCAUGUACUGUACCUCACUAAAACGAUAGAGCAUUGACACAUUGUGCCGUCAGAGUCCCAGGUUAUGUGUCUCCGUUUUGCUUAAAGCUGUACAUCUUAACUCCCCUCAUUGUCUCUCUACUGUCAAAUCCUGCUUGUCUUCCUUAGAAAAGGUUCUGAAUAGCAAUGGUGGCUGGUGACUUAAAUUAAUAAGGAGGACAAUGACUAACUCCAUUGGCAAGCUUCCUUUUCUGUAUAAGUCUAAAGCCUGUUAACAAUGUCUCAGAUACCCAAAUACUGUACUGCACAUAUUUGAAUAUACAUGCUGAUGAACAAAUACCCCAGCUAUGAGAGACAGUGACACACAAAAUAUGUAUUUUGUAUAGUGAUGAUGCUAUGGUUCUCUCCUCUUGAUGUUGCUGUACAGCCUGUUCUCUCCUCUUGAUGUUGCUGUACAGCCUGUUCUCUCCUCUUGGUCUUGUUGUACAGCCUGUUCUCUAGUCUCCUUCGUGGUCUUGUUGUACAGCCUGUUCACUAGUCUCCUUCGUGGUCUUGUUGUACAGCCUGUUCACUAGUCUCCUCUGUGGUCUUGUUGUACAGCCUGUUCACUAGUCUCCUCUGUAGUCUUGUUGUACAGCCUGUUCACUAGUCUCCUCUUGGUCUUGUUGUACAGCCUGUUCACUAGUCUACUCUUGAUGUUGU